AGUCCUCGCUGGGCGAAGCCCGAGCCCCCGCUGGACGAAGCCCCACUGCUCACUUACACUUCAGUUCAGUGUGAAGCAUAUAAACCGACCGGCGCCAUUUUUCUCAUCUAACGGAUCAUGGCUUCUCUUUCCUCUCCUCAUCUCUAUGCUUGCGACCUCAAGAAGAUUCUAAUGACCUAUCAAGGAAGAAGGAGCGCAAUGGUUUUCCAUGGCAAGCAGAACCUCUUCUCGUUCUUGAUCGUUGCGGCUCUCUUCACGUCUGUGGUUGAUGGCCAAUUUGGUUCAAUUGCAAUACCACCUGCUCAACGUUACCUCCAGGCGGUAUCUUCUCCGCCUGCUCCACCAGCAUUCCCAAUUCAACCUCAAAAACGAAGAGAGUUGCAUGGGCCUUCUUCGGCGCCAAAUGAACCAUCUUCUACCACAGCCGGUUUGUUGUUAUUGGCAGGUUCAGUUGCAUUACCACCUGCUCAACUUUACCUCCAGGCGGUAUCUUCUCCGCCUGUUCCACAGGCAUUCCCAUUUCAACCUCAAAAUAGACGGGAGUUGGAAGCGCCUUCUUCGGCACCAUAUCUUUGGUCUCCUCCCCGGCCACCAGAUGUAUCGUCGCCACCAGAUGUACCGUCGCCACCAGAUGUAUCGUCUCCUCCCCCGCCACCAGAUGUAUCGCCUCCUCCCCCGCCACCAGAUGCAUCGACGCCUCCAGAUGUAUCGUCUCCUCCCCCACCACCAGAUGCAUCGUCGCCACCAGAUGUAUGGUCUCCUCCCCCGCCAAAUGGGGACAAAGGGGACGGCGGAGGAACGCCGGUCCGCAUCAUAGUAGGGUCCGUCGUGGGUGCCAUCGCUGUGAUUGGAUUAAUCGCAGUUGCCGUCGUGUGGAAGUACAAGAAGAAGCCAACAAAAGGAGACGUUGAACAACCAGGUGGACACGUCGAGCAAGAAACACCAAUGAGAAGCCCAAAGGACGGUCAUGCCUUUCUCCCUGUUAAAGGAAUGGCGAUGGCUUACUCAAUGGAAGUUGUAGAAGUGCCGGCAAAAACAGGCAACGGAACCGCCGUGGAAAGAACAACUUCUGCAGCUAAAGAAUCAGGACGCCAUGCAGCUAGUGAAGGGUCAAGUCCUAGACCAACCGACAGAAUGGCACUGGUGGCUACGGCUACACGUUACUUUACCUACAACGAGAUCCUGAGCAUUACCAGAAACUUCAGUCAGGUCAUCGGCGAAGGAGGGUCUUCCACCGUCUAUUAUGGCCAGCUACCAGAAGGUCUUAAGGUUGCUGUCAAGAAACUGAAAGAAUCGGGCUCACUUAUUGGCAACCUCCUCGCAGAGAUAAAGAUUUUGAUGAGAAUCCAUCAUAAGAACUUGGUUUCGUUAGUUGGCUUAUGCGAAGAACAAGAUGAAAUAAUACUCGUGUCCGAGUACAUGGCGAGUGGAAGUCUCUCUCAGGUAUUAAAAGAUAGGAAGAAAGAGUUGACAUGGAGAAAGCGACUGCAGAUAGCACUCGACGCUGCAACAGGUUUAGAAUAUCUGCAUACAGGAUGCAGUCCAGCAAUCAUUCACAGAGAUAUCAAACCCGCAAAUAUUCUAUUGGAUGAAAAUCUGCAAGCCAAAUUAGCAGAUUUUGGGUUGUCCAAAGCUGGAGCUGUAGAUGGAACAGAGCAUACAGCUUAUCAAACCAAAGUUGCUGGCACAAUGGGAUACAUUGAUCCUGAGUAUCUCUAUACACAGACUCUCACUAAAAAGAGUGAUGUGUACAGUUUCGGAGUAGUCCUUUUCGAACUCAUAACAGGGAAGCCUGCCAUUGUGAUCACUGAAACGAAAGAAAAAUGCAAUCUCACUAGAUGGGUCAUGCCUAUUCUCAUGAGAGGGGAUAUAGAGAGUCUACUUGAUCCAUUAUUGAAGGGCCGGUGUAACACCCAAUCUGUCUGGGAAGUAGCAGCGAUUGCAAAGACUGCCAUACAAGAUCCAGCUGGAAGACCAGAUAUGCCCGAAAUUGUAAGCACGCUGAAGGCAGCCUUAAGGAUGGAAACUUCUUGGGUGGACAUGGCUUCCGUAUCUGAAAUGACGACCAGCGAAUCUUCUUUUGUUGAAAUCCCACAUAAUCCGGUGGCGAGAUAGUUCAUGCUUCUUUCUCUGCUGCCAUCAAUUCCCCAUUCUGCAUCUUAGUUUCAUCAUAUUUCAAACUGCCGAGGUUUCUACCUCAUUGAAGAAGGCCAUCUCAUGUAUGUUAAAUCACUGGUUGGCAAAACUAUGCUCUUCAAACAAUCUUGUGUGUUCCUUUAUUGAUUUUCAUGAAAAAAUGCGGGUGUAAUUUGUUAAUAUCAA